ACCCCAUCGCUGGAGUGCCUCAAUGACGAAGAGCGUCUUCUUGUAACAUUGAAAGAAGACGAAGCCCUACCCUGGAAGGAGAUUGCUGCUCGUUUCAGCAAUCAACUGGGCCAGUCAAUCACCGUUGCUACACUGCAGAUGCGGUACCUUCGCCUGAGACAGAAAUUCCGAAAUUGGGAGGAGCGCGACAUUGAGGCGUUGAGACAAGCGUACGAGUACUGGGAGAAGUGCAAAUGGGACAUCAUCAGUGCAAAGGUAAGUCGUAAUCGCCUCUAUGACCUCAAUGACGUUUCUAACAGCCUUUUCCAGAUGCUUGAAUUUGGUGUUGAAGAAAAAUGGCCUUCAAGACUCUGCGCCCGCAAGUGGGCGGAUAUA